AUGCUACCAUCAACCAUUAGCAAAUGUAUUUUGUCGUAUUUGCCGUCAACUCAACUAGGCGAAUGUGCUCGCGUCAACAAAUAUUGGGCGUACCUGGUAGAUGAAAUUCGGUCAGAGCUGACCACUAGAAAGAAAAUCGACGCGGAAUUAGAAAAGCUUCGAGAAAACAUGCUUCGUCAUAAUACUAGUUUAGAUUUAGAAAGCAAGUCAGAACUUAGAACAAAAUUAGUCAAUGAGUCCAAGAAAAGUGAUAAUAAAAAUGCAAAAAAACCUUAUUCUUAUCCUUGGAAAGCAACGACUAAAAAGGCAAGCAAAAUCAAAGCGUGUACUAAAACGAUUCGAAAUAUGAAUGAUUUCAACGAACAGUUGGAGAGGCGCGGCGCCGCCCAUCAAAAUAUAUGGAAGUGGUGUGAAAACGUCUUGAAUAUUUACAAAAAAAUUGAUGAGCAAAAAUUUGGUAAUCUCAAAAUACCUCUAAAUCCACCUCUUACUGUUGAUCCCACAUAU